AUGCACUUGAAAAUUUUAAUUAAUAUUUAUAAUAAUAAAUUUAUUUUAAAAUAUAAUACAACACCAAAGAUUUUAAAAUUGUUUCUUAUACAAAAUCUACGUGAUAUUUUUACAUCUUGUGAAAAUAAUGUUUUUGAAGAACAAUUAAAAGAAGUUUUUAGAUUUAAAAAUAGUAAUGUUAGUAAUUGGAUUAUUGAGAAUAAAGCUCGUACUUUAUGUAAUGUAUAUCAAGAAAGUAACAAAAAAGAUAAGGAACAAAUUUUACGUAUUUUAGCAUUUAGAUAUGCUGUUGAACAUACUGUUGUAUGUAAUGUAGCAGAAAAAUAUGUAUCUACAGAGUCUGAUAAUAGAAGACGUAUGAUUUCUUAUGAACGAAAUUUAAGAAAUGUUUUAACACCAGAUUAUCAAUGGUUGUUUAUUAUGAUUGGAAGACUUGAAAAUGGUGUGAAAUUUCUUGUUGAUUUAAGAACAGAUAUAUUAGACUUAAUAUUAAAAAUUAAAGAUACAGAUGAAAGUAUUGCAAUACAGCAAUUGAAUAUUACCCUACGAGAUUUAUUAUUACUUUGGUUUUCAGUAGGAUUCUUAUAUUUAGAAAGAAUUACAUGGCAAACUUCAUGCGAUAUUUUACAAAAAAUUUCAGAUUAUGAAGCAAUACAUCCUAUAAAAAAUUGGUUAGAUUUAAAACAAAGAGUUGGGCCAUAUAGAAGAUGUUACAUUUUUACUCAUUUAUCUAUGCCACGAGAACCUCUUGUUGUAUUACAUACAGCAUUAUGUGAUAUUAUACCAGAUAGUAUAAAAGAUAUUGAUGAAGCAAAAGUCAGAAUUCUUGGUAAUUUAAAAAAAGUAACAUUUUUAGAAGAAGAUAAAAGCAAAAUAAAAACUGCAAUAUUUUAUUCAAUAACUUCCACACAGAAAGGAUUACAAGGUAUUGAACUUGGUAAUUAUUUAAUAAAAGAAGUGGCAAAAGAAGUGAUAUCAGAAUUUCCCAUGAUUCAUGAAUUAUCUUCAUUAUCACCAAUACCUAAUUUUAGAAUAUGGUUUUUAGAAAAAAUAAAACAAGAUAUAUGUAAUAUUUUCACAAAUGAAGAAUGUAAUUCUGUACAAGAAAUUUUAAAAGAAAAAAAUAUAGUUUUUGGUAAAAAAAAUUUUAAUAAUUCAUUAUGGACUCAAGAUAUUAAAAUAAGCGAAGUUUUAAAAAAACCAUUACUUCGAGCAUGUGCUUGGUAUUUAUAUAAAGAAAAAAGACGAAAUUAUGCUUUAGAUAGUGUUGCAAACUUCCAUCUUCGUAAUGGAGCUGUUAUGUGGAGAAUAAAUUGGUUGGCUGAUCCUUCACCACGUGGUGUUGGAAACAGUUGUGGAAUUAUGGUAAACUACAGAUACUACCUACAUGAAUGUGAAAAACAUAGUCAAAAUUAUAUUGAAAAUUAUUUUAUAAAUGCUUCUGAAGAUAUAAUUAAUCUCUCAACACAGUAUGAAAAAUUAUGAAAAAAAUUUUACAAUUUUAAAAAGGUAUCAAAAU